AUGCCUAAGAAUAAAAGAUCAAGUAAACAAGAAGACAGCCAGAGCUUACCAAGAGAUAACAAGUCUAAAUCCAGCCUUUCUUCCCAAUCUGAGCAAAAUGUUAAAAUUCUGAAAGACAUUAAAUCAGGUACUAACAAUAAAAAACCCCCAUUGAAGAAAACUGGUUCACGCGUCCAACGGAAGAUGGAACGAGUCGAGAUGCUUGCGCGUCCAACUGCAAGACGACUUCGUUCUUUGUGGGAUGAAAAAUGUGCUAUUUUACCCCGCGAAAGAAGAGAUAAAAUAAAAAGUGCUCUAGAAGACGAUUACUUUCUCAGUCCUGAACAAACAGAGCAAUAUUUUCAAGCGCUUAAUGAGUCGACCAAACGAUGGUCUGGUCCAGGCGGGACGAUCAACCGCAAAGAGAACGCGGAGAGAGCCCGGGAGUUGCGACAAAGACAGAAGUGGCUCAUUGAUUUCAGUGCACAGGUGGCGUACCGUUUAUGUGAUUACAUUGCAAAAGGACAAAAGGAGAUGUUGGUUUCGAACAGAUUGAGAAGUAUUGCAGAUGUUGUGCUAGAGAGAGUGGCCGAAAUAUUGGGAGAACCGAAACCAUCCCGUACCCAUCCCGGUCGCCUCGCUCGGUUCAUGGUCGCCAUAUCAGAUCGUAUUGCGGUCUGGAUCGAGAACGCGGUGUACCGUGCUGAUGCAUUAGAACCUCGGGAGUCAGGUGCUGACGAGCAUAUGCGACUUGAUAAGGAAAAACCGCUGUUAUCCUAAUUG